GGAAGUCUGCCGAGGAGCCAUGUGUGAGAAUUUAUAGCGCAGGACACCACCAGCUUUGUCUGGUAUCAAUCACUGUGUGUGACUUGGCUUGACGAUGAACAUGUGCUGUUCAACUGCAUCGUUCAGAGAACACGUUUGUGACACGGAGAAUGAGAGCAUGGAGACAUGAUGUGGAGUAAAAGAAUAUGAUCUGCUGCACGCACAAACAUCUCAUCGAUCGAACGCCUUCUCCGCCUUUCUUCUUCCUUUAAUUCUGGUGGCAGCGGGCAUCAGAAUUCGUGCGCGUCAGAUCCCGCACAACCAUGCAGUUCGGAAACAAGAGAACCGCCCAUCACUGCAGCAGCGUCCACCUUGACCGGACGCGUGUUGCACUGACGGCAGGCAUGGGGUCGAUGUUGGGAUACGAAUACGAGGUGGCGUCGCAGUGAGACGGAGGAGAGGGGAAGCAGCCGUCGUUGGGAGAAGUAAAAAAGAGUUUGAAGGAAGGGGAAAAGGCGAGCGCACAGAGAGAGAGAGAGAGAGCGGAACUCCAGUUACAUCGCCCCCACCACUGGGAAGAAGAAGAAGAAGACGACAGUGAACAAUAUAUUAGCGCAUUCGACACUUGAGAGAGAGAGAGAGAGAGAGAGAGACGCAUGCGCCUCUUUUCUGGUCGUCAGCGCUGCUUCACUCGACUCCACUUCACUUACGGAGAGAGAAGGAAUACAAUUAGACACAUAAGUCAUCAGGAAGCAGAGGAGAGAGAUGGAAGACAGACAAUGGUAGAAAAGGAAGGAGUAGAAAUGGCGGUGAGACUUUGAAAACAGUCAAAUUAAGAGAUCAGAGAGAGAGAGAGAGAAAGAGAGAGAGAGAGAGAGAGAUGGCGGCGGACGUUAGCUCGAGGCGGUGGGUGGUGUGGCUGCUGCUGACCAUGGCGCUCUGCUUAUCGUGUGCCGAGGCCGGGAGAGGACAGGUGCCGGUGAAGCGGAGGCUGGAGGUGCAGCGCCACCUCAGGAGGCUCAACAAGCGGGCCGUCAGGAGCAUCAAGAGCCCAGAUGGAGAUCUCAUAGACUGUGUGCACAUCUCUCACCAGCCAGCCUUUGAUCACCCUUCCCUCAAGAACCACACAAUCCAGAUGAGGCCAGCUUUUCACCCAGAAGGCCUGCAGUUUGGUGAGAACAAGGUUGCCUCACAGAAGAGAACUCCUCCCCUGUCUCAGCUGUGGCAUCAGCAUGGGAGAUGCCCUAAGAACACCAUCCCCAUCAGGAGGACAAGGAGGAAGGAUGUGCUGAAGGCCAGCUCCAUCAGGAAGUAUGGGACGAAGAAGCACAAGAGCAUCCCAAAUCCACUGUCUGUUGACCCUGACCUUCUCAGUGAGAGUGGCCAUCAGCAUGCAAUUGGUUAUGUAGAGGGGGAUACAUACUAUGGAGCCAAGGCCACCAUUAAUGUGUGGGAACCCAAGAUUCAGCAGGCAAAUGAAUUCAGUCUCUCUCAGCUCUGGAUCCUGGGGGGAUCCUUUGGGGAGGACCUCAACAGCAUUGAAGCUGGUUGGCAGGUGAGUCCAGAUCUGUAUGGGGAUAAUAACACAAGAUUGUUCACUUACUGGACUAGUGAUUCUUAUCAAGCAACUGGCUGCUACAACUUGCUCUGCUCUGGGUUCAUUCAGAUCAGCAGUGAGAUUGCAAUGGGUGCCACAAUCUACCCCAUUUCUAGAUAUGGUGGUUCCCAAUAUGAUAUCAGUAUACUUGUUUGGAAGGAUCCAAGGGAAGGGCAUUGGUGGAUGCAGUUUGGGAAUGACUAUGUGCUAGGUUACUGGCCUUCUUUCCUCUUCUCCUACCUGGCAGACAGUGCCUCCAUGAUAGAGUGGGGAGGAGAGGUCGUGAACUCGGAACCAGAUGGUGAGCACACUUCCACUGCCAUGGGCAGUGGCCACUUCCCUGGAGAAGGAUUUGGCAAGGCCAGCUACUUCAGGAACAUCCAGAUAGUAGAUGACUCCAACAAGCUGAGGACACCCACAGGGGUUGGCACCUUCACUGAGCAAUCCAGCUGCUAUGAUGUGCAGAUUGGCAAUGGUGGUCAGUGGGGGCACUACUUCUACUAUGGAGGUCCUGGUAGGAACUCCAAUUGUCCAUAGGAACUCCUCUCUGUUUUCCUCCUUCCUUAACUCAUAGAAGGUUGUUGUGCAAAUGCUUGAUGCUUCUCUUGAUCAGUGUUUUAGCUCCCUAUGUUUCUUGUCCUUCUUUCCAUGGAAGUGUGGAGAGAGAGAGAGAGAGAGAGGUGAGGUUUCUUGAGAGGAACAAGCUUAUGGGCUUGUGGUAGUCUUCUUCUUGUCAUCUGUUUCUUUUGUUGGAUUUGUAAUUUUCUCCUCUGA